AUGCAAUCUCGCUGGGUGCUUCCUGGCCGUGCUUCCGCCGUGCAACCAUCGUCUUCAACCUCUGGAGAUGCUCCUCCUCGUCCCCCUGACCCUCCUGAUCCAAACUCUCCCCUCUCUCCUCUCCUCUUCCCACCUUUAGCCGCUUCCCCACCUCCUUCCCGCUCUGAACUCCGCAGAUCUCACCUUACUUCUUCACCAGUUGAUACUGUUAUGGCUUCAGCUUUGGGUUCCCCCCCAGCUUCAGUCAUCUCUACUACUACUACUCAGUUUGGCUCCCUUGCCGAAAUUGAAUCUACCCUUACUGUUCCUUUAGCUACAGGAAACCCUAACUCUCUUCCCAUUAUCUCAACUUCCAGCUCUCUCAACACUCUGAACCACUCUUCUCCUACACCAACUGACCAAAACUCCCGCUUUAAAACCAUUCCACCAAACCAAAACUCUCCUUUACUUUCAAACCCUGCUGCAAACAACCCUAAUCCGCCUCUACCCAUCAACCCUCAAUCUCCCAUUCCUGUCUCUGCUCCUACUAUUCCACAGCCCCCCUUGGUCCAAACCCACCAGUUUCCUCCAUCCUCGACCCAACCCCUUCAGAACCAUCCAUCUACGCUAGCUGAGACACUUCGCUUGAGAGGUGAUAAGUCCCUUCAAAGAGAGGCUCCUGUGAUGUUUUCUGAUACAGGUCGACCUCGUGUGCUCAUACCGGAUGCUGUCUUUGAGAAAGGUGCUGAGCUCCACAAAGACUUCAUUGUGUGCUACUUUAAUGGUCGCCCUCCUCCGUUCAAGCACAUCCAAAGUGUCCUGAGUCACAUGUGGGCCAAAGGAAGGAGGCUUGAGAUGCAUAAUAACCCCCUGCAGCGCUCUGUUCUUGUUAGAAUUCCUAGUGAAUUUCUUAGACAGAAAAUUUUGGAUAAAAAUAUCUGGUAUGUAGGUGAUUCGAUGUUCCAUACCGCUCAAUGGACGUCGAUUCACUCCUCUGCUACCCCUCCUCUUAGCUCAAUAAAGAUUUGGGCUCACCUCACUGGUGUUCCCUUGGACCUGCGUUACAACAAAGGCCUUGGGUUGGUUGCUGGUUUGAUAGGUGAUCCUAAAGAGACUGAUGAUUUCACGCUAAAUCUAGUAAGCUUGACCUUGUCUCACGUCAAAGUGGAAGUGGAUCUUACCAAGCCAUUGCCAAAUGUGGUCGAGUUUGAAAGACAAAGCGGUGAAGUGGUAGAGGUCCAAGUUGAUUAUCCAUGGCUGCCUCCCAAGUGCUCUCAUUGUCAGGAGCUUGGACAUGUCAUUCGAAACUGCUUACUCUACACGCCACCAAAAGAUACACCGCCAAUGGAGAAAGUUCCUGUGGAGAAGCAAAAACAAAAAACUUCAGAAAAUCCGAAAAAACAUUCAGCAAAAUCUACAACUGGAAAGCAGUAUGUUCCGAAGAAAACAAUUCCUCCUAAGACGCCUGAAAAGACUUUGGCUCAAUCUGCUUCCCUCCCCACUAGUCCUACUGCCUUUAAAACGCCCUCUUUCACCCCUCCCUCUGCUCUAAAACACCCCCUACCCUCCACUGAAAGUCCUUCUGACAAACCACAUAAACCAUCCCUUAAACGUACCCGUUCUUCUCCGACUUUCUCCCCCCCUGAACCACCAAAAAUUUCAUACCAAUCCUCUAAACCUUCUCUUUCUCUUCCUUUUCCAGAGGUUGAAACACAUAUAAAAGAACUAUCUCUACCCCGCUUGAUGUCUACCCUGUGCAGAGACUGGCACUAUCUAUCUAAUCACCUCUCUGAUGAGGAUGGCAGAAUUGUGCUUAUUUGGAAGGACCCGGCUAAAGUAACUAUGAUCUCUCAGUCAAGACAAAUGGUCACCUGUGAAGUUCGGUUGCCUAAUUGCUCUCCUAUCAUCUAUUCUGCUAUCUAUGCAUCAAAUCUUUUGGAGGAAAGAACUGACCUUUGGGUUGAGUUGUUGAACUUGCAUUCCACUCAUGGGUUAGACUCUAGACCCUGGAUGAUAGGAGGUGACUUCAAUCAGAUACUUCACUCUCAUGAACACUCCAGCUUCUCUCACAGUAGGCACGCUUCUCCUAUGUUCCAAUUUCGUGACUGUCUACUGCAGCUAGGAGUGUUCGAUCUGCGCUACUAUGGACAUGUGCAUACAUGGACAAAUAAACGUGAUGUCACACCUGUUGCAAAGAAGCUUGAUCGAUGCUUAAUCAACAACGAGUGUCUUACUGUUUUUCCGAAUGCGACUGCGACUUUCCUCCCUCCUGCUCCCUCUGACCACACACCUUGCUUAACUGACCUAGCCUUCCAACUCCCUCAAGCCGGUACCCCUCCCUUCCGAUUCUUUAACUACUUGACCAAACACCCGAGCUUCCUAGAGGUACAGGCCCUUAAUGAUCCAACUCCAGAAACAUUUGCAGCGGAACGUGAUCAGAAUCUGCAAUGGCAGUUUCUGCGACAGAUAGAAGAAUGUUACUUUAUGCAAAAGUCGAGAAUAACGUGGCUGAGGGAAGGAGACUUUAACACUACCUACUUCCACCGGGUUUGUCAAGUAAGAGCUAGCUUCAAUGCAAUCCGCUCGUUCCUCCUAGCUUCGGGUGUUGUGAUCACUGAUCCCCUGGCGAUGAGCGCUCAUGCAAUUUCACACUUCCAGGCAGUACUCGGUCCUGAAACUCUCCAAACGCUAUGGUUCUCUCCGUCUGCUUGGUUCCAUAGCCUUACAUCCAUCACCUGUACUCACCAACAAAGGAGCUCUAUACUAUUAAUGCCAACCGUUGAGGAAAUCACCAAGCUAAUGUUUUCUCUUAAUCCUAACAAAGCUCCAGGGCCAGAUGGACUCACCUCGGGUUUCUUUAAAGCUUCCUGGUCACUGCUGGGAGUAGAGUGCGUCACCUCUAUCCAAACGUUCUUCAACUCAGGUUUCCUGCCCAAAGCAACAAACUCAACAAUAUUGUCUUUGGUCCCAAAGUUCACUGGUGCUUCUAAAGUAUCAGACUACCGGCCUAUCUCAUGUCUAAAUACGCUGUAUAAAGUAAUCUCAAGACUAUUAGUGAGACGUCUUAAGCCUAUACUUCAGAACCUGAUCUUGCCUAAUCAAACUGCUUUUGUGGAAGGGAGAUUACUUGUAGAGAAUACGGUGUUGGCGAGUGAACUAGUCAAUGGCUACCACAAGAACAGAGGGAGUAAGAGGAUUACCAUAAAGGUGGAUAUCGCAAAGGCCUUCGACACUCUGUCGUGGGAUUUCCUCUUUGCGGCGUUGGAAAGCUUGGAGCUUCCUGCUCCUUUUGUCAGGCUUCUGAGAGCGUGUAUCUGCACACCAUCGUUCAUGGUCGGUUAUAAUGGGACAGUAAGCGGUUAUUUUAAAGGGAAAAGAGGUUUGAGGCAAGGAGACCCUCUCUCUCCUUACCUCUUUGUGAUUGCAAUGAACUAUCUAUCUCUAAUGUUAGACAAAGAAGCAAGGUCUGGUUACUUAUCUUAUCAUCACCAGUGUCACAAGACAAGGCUGACCCAUCUCUCCUUCGCUGAUGAUCUACUGAUCUUUAUUGAUGGAUCCUUGGAGUCAGUUCAGAGAGUCCUCCAGAUACUGCAUGAGUUUGAAAAGAGGUCUGGGUUAGCUGUUAGCUUACAAAAAUCCAGUUUCUUUGCCUCGGGAGUAUCGGAACAAGAAAUUCAAGCCAUACAAGUUUCUACUGGCAUGCCUUGUGGAAGCUUACCUAUGCGCUAUCUUGGAGUCCCGUUGUGCACUAAGAAACUCAAUCUAGAGAACUGUCAACCCCUACUUCAGCAGAUAAAACAGCGGCUCUCAUCUUGGUCUGCCAAGGCACUUUCCUUUGCAGGGAGACUCCUUCUUAUCAAAACGGUGAUUGCAGGUGUCUCUACCUUCUGGUGCUCCACCUUUAUCCUGCCAAAAGCAUGCAUAAAUAAGAUUAACUCUCUUUGUGGAGUUUUUCUAUGGAAUGGUAACAUUGAUGGUCAUCACACUGCUAGAGUAAGCUGGGAAACAGUGACACUUACUAAGGAUCAAGGUGGGCUAGGUGUUAAGGAUCUGCACAAAUGGAACCUUGCGUGCUUGCUAAAACUUGUCUGGAUGCUCUUCUUCCGUCCUAAAUCUGUUUGGGUCUGCUGGUUCAAAGAGGUAAUUUUACGAGGUGAUGUUUCAAAUUACUGGACAGUCAAGACGAGUACUAAUUACUCUUGGUUAGUCAAUAAGAUGAUAAAGGUUAGAGAUCAAGUAUACCCGUUGCUUCAUCGUCGUUUAGGGAAUGGAGAGACAACCCGUUUUUGGUUUGACAACUGGUCACCUUUGGGUCACCUCUACACACUUCUAAAUGCUAGCUCUUCUCGUCUGGGAAUACCAAGGUCAGCAACGGUGGCAUCUCUAUUCACUAAUGGUCACUGGUCUCUCCCGCCUGCAAGAACAGAAAAUCAGUUGGCUCUUCAGGUUCAUUUGACUACAGUCACGUUAUCGGAAGAGGCAGAUUACUAUGAAUGGAUGAUAGAGGGUAAACUGAGAAACAGAUACAACAUGGGCGAAGUCUACACUUAUCUCAAAGGUCCCCAACAAACGGUUACGUGGGCUAAGAUCGUUUGGUUCUCCUAUGGGAUUCCUCGUCAUAACUUCCUCACUUGGUUGGUGUUAUUGGAUCGGUGCCCUACAAAAGACAGAUUAAUCAGAUGGGGAAUGAAUGUCACCCCUCUCUGCUUACUCUGUAAUACUAGCCAUGAGAAUAGAAAUCACCUUUUCUUUGACUGUGUCUACAGCGCCACUAUUUGGAGACAGACGAUGGAUCGUUGUGGAUUCCAUACAUCUACUUCUUGGGACUGCAUCGUGACUCAACUUCAAGCUCUGCAGGUGAACCGUGACUCAAAGCGCCUGACACUAAUAGCUAUGCAAGCCUGUAUCUACUGGAUUUGGUCUGAGCGCAACAAAAGACUCCAUCACCAAGUUUUCAGACCACCGGAGGUUCUCUUCUCCCUGAUCGACAAGCAGGUGAGGAACCGAUUGCAGAGUAUCCGACAUGCAAACCCGAGGGCAUCAUCAGCGAUGUCUCAACUCUGGUUCCUCCGAUCAUGA